CAACACAGAAUCACGGAACCCGGCCCCAUAAUAUGUCUUUGUCAAGCAGAUCAUGUACAAAGAGUAGCGCAACAGGGGAGCGAAUAUACAAAACUAUCGAUACACUCGAGCCCGCAAAAAAAAAGAGAGGAAAUCUUCUUUCCCCCGAAAUGGUUUCCGACGUUCAGUGUUUUUUCGGGCGAAGCGAUAGAGCGACUUACUGUACCACGUUUUGUGACACACAAGCAUAGCCAAAUUUCAGCGGAAACAUUCGGAUAAGGGGGAGAAAAGCUGCAGUACCCAUUUGCUCUGUAUAUCUGUAUGUGUGUGUGUGUCUGUUUGUAAGUAAGUGUGCAUCGGUUCGCUUGCAGCAACAAAAAGUGUAAAAUGUACGUUACACCAGCCCAUCCGAGAGAGGAGAUCGAUCAUUCCAAGCUAUUCCUCCCCUCAAAAAAGAUUGCGUGUGGAGCAGGUGUAUAACAAACAGGGUCGAAAAACGAUCGUUAAGUGAUGCUGAUUGCAUAGUUUUGGGCGCAUCGCAGCAGGAAUUGCGCCAAACACCACACAUUUACUUAAACAGCCUCCUCUUUCAUCGUUAGUAUCUCUCUGAUCGAACCGGAAGUAGUACCGGAAAAAAGGGCCAAACAUGCAUUGCAAUCAAAAAAGGAAAGGAAACAUACUCACCAACCCGCACCUUCUCUUCAUUCGAUGGUGAUCAUCCACGGCGAUUCCGAAGAUAUAUAUUUUGAAUACGAUUAUGAGAGGAUCCCAGCAAAACUAAUCGUGCGUGGGGGGCACACACGGGAAUUUCCGUGAACUCACACCACAAACACAAAGGAACAUAUAUACAUAUAGAUAUACUAAUCGUGACGUUGUGAUCCUUUCUCCCGAAAGAAGGACCUCGACGCGCCGUACUCUUGGUGAGCCAGCCGGCAAGCGCAUCACACAAACUGUAAAUGAGAAAAUCAGAAAGAAAACAGAAAAUAGAGUUGGUGUUUUAUUGCUAGAAGACCGUUUGAAAUACGACCCGGUGUUGGUGUGUCUAUGUGUGUGUCUGAAAUUAGAGUGAACCGAAAAUCCGAAAAUCCGAAAUGUCUCGCUCGUUCGUGAUCACUGACCUGACAGAUUCCAUACAGCCAGCGCGAGGUGUUAAAUGUAUGGUUAAAUUUAUUGAAGCGAAAGAUAAAUAUACCAAAUCACUUGUUAUCACCUGUCGGCCAUGCUGUGCCCCAACGGCGGAACCAAAUGAAAGUGAAAAUAUAGCUUCUUAACUCAGUGAAAGUGGUCCGGAGCAUGGUUGGGAUCAGCUCGCUACCACCAUACAUAUAUAAGAGCAGAGAGAGAUAUAAGAGUUUAAAUCGAUCGUGUAAUUGUGCCGAACGGACAUGACCGUUAAACGGCUCUUUUCGCUUGUGGUGGUGAGCAUCAUCUGUUUCUUCGGUGUGAUACUGUGUCACAAUGAUAAUCGGAUAAAGAGCGAGAACCUACCCGUCUCUUCCGGACCGGAUGAAGCGUUCUACGUGACGACCGAUUUCAUCCUGCGGCUGAACGUGCUCAUUAAACAUCUCGCCAUGUACUCGCUGAACGAUACACUGGACGCACGGGAAGCGAUCCGGCACGCGGAUAAGAUGUGGAACUACACGGCCCUUUCGUUGGAAGCUCUUGUCCUGCGUUCCAGACCCGCUAUCGAGCUCCUUCCGAGCCGUAACUUCACCAACUCUUCCCUGCACGCGGCCCUGGAUGUGGUUCGAACGGAAAGAGACAACUUUCUGUCACAGACGUCAUGUUUCAGCCCCUCUCUGGUUGCUGAGAUCGAUGCGAUGUCGUUCAUCGAUCGUACAAACCAACCGGGCGGUGUAGUGCCGAAUCCUGACAUAAAGCUCCUCAUGCAGUCAAGCGUACACCGGCUAUCGAAGGUAUCGGAGGGACUGCUGCGUACGCUUCGCACCAUCAGAUCGAACAAGCGCGGUGGACAGCCCAGGGCCAAUCCAACACAAGCUUCCGUUGAGCUGUUCAUCGCCGGAUUCCAGCGUCACAUCGUAGACACGCGGCUCAACUUUGAAACGCAAGCCAAUCGACUGCUAAGCCGCGUCAGUGCUCAACUUGCCACGCUCACACUAACACCCGUGCUGGGGCAAUAUUUAACCAACUAUAGCAAGCUUAUUGAAACUUUUACAAAGAACGUUUCCACCCAUCUGAACAAUACGAGCAUCGGUGUGCUGGCGUCGAUGAACACUAGCCGCACAACGGUCGAUAUGGUGCUUAGUGCGGGCAAUGCCGGUCUGCUUACCGCGGUUGCGAUGUCCAACAGCCACAAGUUUCUUGACCUGUGCCUGAACCGUUACGUCUUCCCGUACUACAACCUAUCGCAGGCGGUUGCGAAGCUACUGUUCUGUGGCGAACCGGAGCUGCGCACGCUCGAGUACUUGGUUACGGGGGCCAUACCGAUCCUCGAUCGUGCUGCCAUAUCGGACAGUAGUGCGGUCAAGAUGGCUGUGAUCUGUUCUUCCGGUUCAACGGCCUGCUUGACUGAUUAUGAUAACUCAUUACCGGCUCAGUUUAUGGCAGCCCAAGUACGCAUGGAGAGCUACGUGGAGUUCAUCAAUCAGGAGCUGUUGGGGCUAGGGCAGCGAGUAAGCGUGUGCGCCAACGCUACUGUGCUCGAUGUAGGCAAUUACGUGAACGUGACCAGCCCGAAAUUUGCCACCUGUUUAAGCACGGGUAGAAACUAGUUCAAGUGUUGUACCAUUGUAUUUUGAGGCUAGGCUAGCUUUAAGAAUUAUAGCAAGUAAACGAUUUUCUAUUUAACGUACUGCAUUUUCUACCCCGAUUCGCCCAAAAUUCAAAUGACGAAUUCAAC